AUGUCGCGCGUUGGGCUUUCUGUGUUUUUCGUGUUCGUAUUUUUUGAGUGUGUUAUGACCAGAAGCCUUCACAAUAGCACCACUUGUGAGCAAUUCGAACGUGGUGCCUCCUUUGAUCCCCAUGAAGUGGUGGAUUCUAAGUGGAAAAUAUUUUAUUUUUGGUCAGACAACACCGAACGGAAUGCGAUUGUUUUCUCCUUACUAACUAAAAAGAGUUUGGGAAAGUUUCGUGAAGUGGUGGAAGCCAUAGAGCCGAGCCUGUCAGUAGAGUGGCAUAAGGCGUCGUUUCUAAUGGAGCCUCGGCCCGGGGUUCAAGUGAUGUUAUUGUACGCGGGGACAUCGGGGGCAUUCCGGGGACUCGUUAAAAUGGAACAACGAAAGAAAGCGCGUCCAAAUCCCGAACCUUUAAUAAAAUUCGCGGAUCUUCGACUAAAAAUGAAGGGACGAUACAUUGGUAUGAUGUGUUGUGAGGACUUAACUGCUUUCGCCAUGGCACGUGUUGGGGAAUUGCCGGAAACAGAAGAAGACUGUAUUGCUGCUGCUGCUACUUUGGAUCUGCAAGGGCCGGGUGGAAGAUCACAUUUAUUUUUACAAAAUUUACGUCGUUCUGAACUUUGAUUGUGAGUUCUAGCGACUUCACUCUUUGCGUGUUUUAUACUUUUAGACUUGUUAAGCAGUUUA